GAGAAGAGAGAAAGAGAGCCAAAAAGACAAAGAGACAAAGGGUGAGCCAGCAAGGAACUAAGAGGCCAAGAGAGCACAUAGAAACCAAGAGAGUGUGUGGCCAGGAGGGCUGGUUUAUAAAGGAUCAGAAGUUCUGGGAAGAGAAGGGAAGCCCAGUCUCUGGGCUGGAGAGAUUUAGAAUAGGGGGUGGUGUGAGAGGUGCUGGGAGGAGCCACAGGUACUGAGUGAGACUUGACCCAGGUUAUUUUUGGACCUGAAAACUGGCUUCUAAGGAAAUGCAUAAGGAAAGAAGGGACAUAAAAACUGUUACUGUAAUCAAAAGGGAAGUUGAAAGUAAAGAUCUGGAAAAUUCUCAGCCUAACUAUGUAAAAUAUAAAUACAGUAUACUUUGAGAACAGCAAGUAGCGUCCAAUCCACCUUACCUAGUAGAUUUGGCUAGAAGGAAGCCUGGUGCUAUUCAUGAAAGAUAUGGAAAAAUGACCUUGAAGGCAUUAUGGAGAUUUUCAAAACUCCCCUUCCCAUAUUUGCAAAUGCAUGGAUUAUUUUGUUCAUGUUGUUUGUGGUGGUGGGUUUUUUGUUUGUUUGUUUGUUUUAUUUUACAGCAGUAUCUCAUUAUAUAACCCAGGCGGUCCACAAAAUAAUAGUACUGCUUCAGCCUUCUGAGUGCUGAGAUUAUAGGGAUGUCAUGCCCUUGAUGCAGAAAAAUUUAACAUGAGGGGAAGGGGUUAACAAUACCAGCUAACCUUGAGACUAAGGCCACUAUAAAUCUGUUUCUUUCUGCUGUACUUGAGUUAGUGCUUACCUUCUGUUUACUGAUGAGAAAUCACAAACAAAUCUCAAACUAUGUUUCUAAUACUCCAGGUCUCCAGAGUGUAGAAGCUGGAGAAAAAGAUAAACUUCUCCAUGUAUAUUCCAAGAAAUCUCUCCAGCGUUCCUAAGGCCAAGGCAAAAUUGUAUGGUAGGAGCAGAGCUAUCAGAGAGACUCCCAUUCCUAAGGCCCAGGCAACUUGUAGAGUUGAAGCUGUUGCAGUCUUCAACAGUACAGUGCAUGGGUGGUCCAUGGAAGAAUGAUCACCAUUGAUACCACAGAGAUAUAGAGCCACCAGCAUGCAGCCAUGCAACACAGUUCUGUGGCAGACACAAGAAUAUUCAAUGCAUGACAACUAAAACAUUUGCUUCACCUCCCAAAGGGUUUCUAACAAGUCUACCCAAGUUUUGUGGGCUUUGAGCAUGACCAGUAUCUUCUGGUCAAACUGUCCCAGUAUGGCCAGCAAGUCCAGCUAACUUUCUUUUAAUAUUUCCUUGCUUGCAAUAUAGAUUCUUCAGUUUCAGUCCAACUGGUAUCUGAAAACAUUAAAUGAAAAUUUCUAGAGGUAAAUAUUAAUAACUUUUAAGUUGUGGGUAGUUCUGAGUAAUGUCAUGAAAUAUACAGCAAUGCUAGUCCAACAUUUGCCUCAUAUAAUCUCAUUAUAUAGCAGCUAUGUGACAUCAUAUCAGCCCAAGAAGAAAGAUGAAUGCACUGUGCUGUGACAUACUGAGACAGAAAGAAACUGCUAUAGUUCUGUUUCCCUAUUAUAUAUUGUUGUAAAUCUCUUCUUGUGCCUAGUUAGCAAAUUAAAGUUUCUUGUAUGUAUAAGUAGAAAAAAACAUAUAUUAGGCUAACUACUAGCCACUGUUUUCAUGUUCCACUGCAGGUCUUAGGACAUAUCUCCUUCAGAUGCUGGCCACUACUAUUUCUUUAUUUUCUUUUUUUCUUAUUUAUAUUUUUUUACAGUUUCAUUUUUGUAUAUUUUGAUCUUUUUCACCCACCAUUAGGUCAUCCCCAUCCCACUUCUUUUGAACCCUGGUUUCAGCAAGUUCCACUCCAACUCUGUUUUAUUUUUUGUGUUUGUGACCUUAUGACCUUAAUUAUGGUUACUUGAAUGUACAUGGGUGAGAGUUAUUUUCUGAAGCAUGGGCAAUGUCUCAGAAGACAAUGACCCUUUCUUCCCCAGCAAGCCAUUAAUUCCUCAUAGUUCCUCUAGAAAGGUGGGGCCUAAUUCUGGAAUGUUGAGAGGCCCCAUUUUCUGCAAGUCUUGUGCAGAUAACUACACUACUGUGAGUUCAUGAGCUCAACAGCUGUAUCAUGUCCAGAAGAUAGUAUUCACAAUAUUACUUCCCAUCCUCCAAUACUUGUAUUCUUUGUAUCCUUUCGCAAUGUUCUCCAAGCCUUGGAUGGGUGACACAGACAUCCUGUUAAGGGGUGAGCAUUCAAGAGUCCCUUAUUCUCAGUAUGUAGACCACUUAGAAGUGUCUAUAUUAAAUAUCACCCACUGCAAACAGAAGCUUGUCUGACCAGCAGUAAUCUUCUCUGAUAGCAUCGCUAAUCUGUGAGUAUAAACGUAAAUAUUUAUAAGACAGCUUGACAUUAUAUUCAUAUGACAAAACAACAGAGCAGUUCUCCUUCAGGGCCCAUGACCUCCCCACCCAUAGACUUUUGAGCAAGUUUACACUAUCACACAUUGAGUCCCUUCCUGGAAAGAGGUCUUAAAUGAAAUCAGAAACUUCUUUGUUAUAACCAUACCUUCCAUUCCACUCUUUACACCAAGGACACAUCUUGACUGACCAGUCGAUAUUGUAGAUUACAGGAUUCACAACUGGCUAGGACACUUUGCUCUCAGCCGCAAAGUUCUGGCUUGAUUUUUUUCUAGGGUUUGGUUGGUUGGUUGGUUUUUGCAACCAAAUGGUGUGUUGUCGUCAGCAUUAGAGUCCUACCAUUUAGUUCUAAUGGUCAACCAGAAGCAGGCCUCAGGCCAACUAGAAACCUAGAAAGGAGGUAUAAGAUGUGCCUAAGUUUGUGGGAACUGUCAGUUCAUGAGUGCUGGUGGGCGGGGCGGAAGUUCUUUACCCGCCAUCUUUCUUUCUGGCGCGGUCAUAGUAGCGCAGAGGUCCUGUCAGCUGAGGAAGUCUUGUGGGUCUCAGCCUCGGUAGCAGGGAGAGCUUCUACCCGAGGAGCCGUGAGGCCGCAGGAGGCCCCCGGCGGCGGAGACAUGGACUGUCUAACUUUUGAGGAUGUGGCUGUGAACUUCACCUUGGAGGAAUGGGAUUUGUUGAAUCCUUCCCAGAAGCAACUCUACACAGAUGUGAUGCAGGAAACCUUCAAAAACCUUGUUGCUAUAGGACAAACUGAGGAAGGCCAGAGGAUUGAAGAAGAUGAACAUUUUAGGAGAAACCUAAGAAAUGAAGUGGUGGAAUUAUUGUAUGAACGCAGUGAAGGGAGGCAAUGUGAAGAAAUCUUCAGCCAGUUUCCAGUUACAGUUGUGAACAAGAAAACCCCUCAUGGAGUAAAACUGUGUGAAAGUAAUUUAUGUGAAGACAUACUUAUUGGUCUCCCACCCCUAAAUAUGCAUAACCCCAUUCAAACAGGACAUAAACCAUAUGAAUAUGAGAUAUAUGAAGACAGAGACAGUCUCCAUAAAUUUAGGGAAUCUAGGAAAUCCUUCAUGUAUCCUGAAUGCUUUCUAAAACAUGAAUAUAGUCACACCAUAGAGAAGCCAUAUAAAUGUCAGCAAUGUGGAAAAGCCUUUUCUUCUUCCAGUAAGGUUCGAAGACAUGAAAGAACUCAUACUGGUGAGAAACCCUACAUAUGUAACCAUUGUGGGAAAGCCUUCCCUAGUCGUGGUUCCCUUCGACGACAUGACAGGAUUCACAGUGGAGAGAAACCCUUUGUUUGUAAGUAUUGUGGGAAAGCUUUCACUGGUCAAAGUUCACUUCCACGACAUGAAAGAAUUCACAGUGGAGAGAAACCCUAUGUAUGUAAGUACUGUGGGAAGUGUUUUAUUUCUUCAAGUACCUGUCGAGUACAUGAACGGACUCACACUGGAGAGAAACUCUAUGUCUGUAACUUGUGUAAUAAAGCUGUCACUACUCGUACUUCCCUUCGAAAUCAUGAAAGAAUUCACAGUGGGGAGAAACCCUAUGUCUGUGAACAGUGUGGGAAAGGUUUCAUCUCUUCUGGUACCUUUCGAAUACAUGAGCGAAUUCACACUGGAGAGAAGCCCUAUAAGUGUAAGGAAUGUGGGAAAGCCUUCACUAUACAGAGUUCUCUUCAACGACAUGAAAGGAUUCACACUAGGGAAAAACCCUAUGACUGUAAGGAAUGUGGGAAAGCUUUUAGUGGUUACAGUUCCCUUCGACGCCAUGAAAGGAUUCACAGUGGAGAAAGACCCUAUGCAUGUAAGCAGUGUGGGAAAGCCUUUCCUGCUUUGGGUGAUUGUCAAAGACAUGAGCAAAUUCAUACUGGUGAGAAGCCCUACAUAUGUAAGCAGUGUGGGAAAGCCUUCACUCGUUGUGGUUCCCUUAGAAUACAUGAAAAGACCCAUACUAGAGAGAAUUCUUAAGCAUAGAAUGUUGAAAGGCCUCCUUAUUGCAUGUCCCUUCUAUAAAUAACAUGACAGUGUUUACGGAAGAAAACAAGACUCAAUAUGAAGUUGUGAGGACUGCCAUUAGUCAUAUUAUUAGAUUAACAAACAUAAAGAACAAACUAAGAAUGUACCCAAUAUCAAAACUUGUACAGAAACUUGAUUGUAAGAAAUAGUUUUAAAAUUCUGAAAAUUUUUCAAGUAGUGGAGUACUACAAAUGUGCAUUAUGAAAGGUUCAAUGCUCCAAAAAUUACAUAUCCUGGAAGAAAUUUUCUAAAAAUUAUAUUACACUCAUUAGUUUAUUAUUAAAAUAGGUAUAUGAACUAUUUAUUUCUAAGUUUAAUUCUUGUAAGUAAAUGGUGGCAUGGCAUAAUUCUCUGAAGUUUGCUUAAGUAAUGGGGCAAGGGUUAAUAGGUAGUAUCUUUUUUUUUUUUUUUUUUUUUUUUUUUUUUUACCAUUUUCCCUACCAGUCUGAAGAAUUUUGAUUGAUUGAAUGGAGGAAUGGCCUUUUGCGAUGUACCUAUAGCACGAGUGAGUUGGCAAUAGCUUACAGUACUAGGGCAAGGUUCUCCAGAAGGAUAGAUUUGCUCUAAAUUGUCAUCUAAUAUACUGUUUCUCCUGAGUCUAGAAGUCAAGGGAGGAGAGGGGGAAUCAUCCUUGGAACUUACUAGCAAAAUUUUUGCUUCCUGUUCUGUUGGUAUUACGGUUCAACAAAGGGAUGUCCUUCCACUGGGAGGAACAACCAUUCCUUUGAACUGAGAGCUAAGACACCCACACACACCCCAACCUACCCCUGGUUUACUCUAGGUUCUUUGUACCCUUGAGUUAACUAAAAACAGUUAUUGACGUAGGGGGCGGGGGAUGAGACUACAAUUCAGCAAUGAAGAUGUGCUAAUUAUUUUUUACUACUUGAUACAAGUUAGAGUUAUCUGGAAACAGAGAACAUCAAUUGAGGAAUUGCCUCCAUUAAAUUGACUGUAAGCAAGUCUAUGAGGAUUUUCUUGAUUAGUGAUGGAUGUGACAGGGCCACUGUGGGUGGUCCGUUCCUAGGUAGUGGUCCUGUGUUGUAAAAGAAUGCAGGCUGAGCAAGCCAUAAGAAGCAAACUAAUAAUUAGUCUUCCUCCAUGAUCUCUGCUUCAAAUCCUACUUCUAAGUUCCUGCCUUGAGAUUCUACCCUGGCUUUCUCAGUGCUGGACUAUAAAGUGUAAUCCAAAACAAACCCCUUUCUCCUCAAGUUGGUUUUGGUCAGUGUUUUAGCAACAACAGCAACAAAUGAAACUAGGACAAGAGGAAAGGAAGACUAUUCUCGGAUUCCCUUAGUAUUACCAAGUCUGGUGAUCAAAACCCAUAGGAAGCUACAACUCAGUCCAAACAGGGUAGUAAAUGACUCAGAUACUUCAAGAAUGAAAUUGAGAGUUACUUCUCAAGGUAAAGAAUUAGCUAAUUUGGGUGUAUGGUGUUUUUUAUUUUUUUUUUAAUACUAAAAUGUAUUUAAAUUAAAAAUUUUAAAACCAAGAUGCUUAGUGCUUGCUGAAGAUGAGGAAAUACAAAAUGACACCAGAAAAGAUACUUAAUAAAUAUGGUACACUUGUGAGACCUCACAAAAGUGAGGAUUCCAGUUGUUUUCUGUCUUAUUUUGUUAAAAAAUAUGUGUGCUAAGCCGGGCGUUGGUGGCGCACGCCUUUAAUC